CUGGCGGGGCGGCCGUGCCGGGGCGAUGGAGCCCGGGCGGCGGCGGCUGUGAGCGGCGGCACCAUGGGCUGCGGCGGCAGCCGCGCCGACGCUAUCGAGCCCCGCUACUACGAGAGCUGGACCCGCGAGACCGAGUCCACCUGGCUGACCAACACGGACUCCGAGAGCCCGCCGCAGGAGGGCAGCGCCGAGGGCCCCGGCCGGGAGCAGGGCGGCCCCCGCCCCGGUCUUCUGGAGGAUGGGAAAUUGGCUCACACAGGGGUACCUGCAGCAUCAGCCACAGCUGGAAUGCUGAACGCUGAGAAGAGGAACAACUGUGGCACUCAGGGUGCAAACCCCAUAGUCCAUGGCAUGGGAACUACAACACAGAGACAGAAUGGCUUCAGGACCACAGAGAGUAAAUGGGACACACAGAAAAUGUCCACACAAGAAGUCACCAUUAAUGUUACAAAAGGCAUCAGACAAAGUGACAGAAGAAAAACAAAGAAUUGUGCCAAUUAAUGAAGAAAAUUACAGGUGAGGAUGGACUUAACAAAACUUCACUGCACUUUAAAUGUCAGUCACUGAAGACACGAAGAUCUCUAGGUGUUCCAGGUUGAAUACAGCAGGCAGCUGCUACUGAGUGCCUUCAGAAGCAGGUCUUGUGGAAACCAGCUGCAAGCACUGCAGGAUCUUCAGAGUCCUUUGUCUAAAGCAGUGGCACUACACAGACGUACACAGAAAUUCAUGACAUUUGUUUUUCACUACCUUCUAUGUUAUCCCUUGUGUCUGUCCUGUUCUGCAUUGCUAUUAAGAUGAGGCUGGAUAAUAAGGGGUACAGCUCAUCACAAUUAAAACCAGGAAAUGAGCAAAUGAGUCUGCAUUUUUAGUCAUAAAGGGAUUUUGAGUGUGCACAUUCAAACCCACAGAGUUAAUUUAAAGCAGUCACUUCUUUUAAAACACAAACCCAAGCAUCUCAAGAAAGUGAGACUAAAGUCUAGUCUUCCACUAAAUCUCUUUUCAACUAUAUAUAUAGGUUAUAUAUAGCUAAGUCAUCCAGUAAUAAUUUAAUAUAUUAAACUUUCAAUUACUUAGUUUUAUUUAUUGUUCAUGUUGACAUAAUUUUGGUCUCAAAAGUAGUAACUUUCAUAUUGAACAGCCUUUCUUUAAGGUCCUAGUCUUAAACAGUAAAAAGAGUUAUGGCUACUUGGUUGUUUUAUAAAUACCUCUUUGAUUAUGUUGAAGCCCAGUCUGACUUGGAAAAACGUUACCAUUAAGAUUACAUGAAAAUAACCACAAUUUCUAAAGCCAUAUUCUAAUGUCAGUUCAAAAAAAUCAACUUCCUUCGAUAAGAUAAAAUUAAUUCAUUGUGAAGAAUUUAUUUAAUACAUUGUGAGCAUCCUGUACCACAUUACUCCAAGAUUAUAAUAAAUAUAUAUCUAAAAGGAAUAUAAAUGUUCAGUAUAGUAAAGUCUAGGAAUUAAUUCAACAUAUUACUUCUUAAUAUGGAAGUAAUAUUAUAUAUUCUCUGUGAGUUUGCAUGUAUAUGAAGAUAAAAUAGGUAAAUUUAUUUGCCUCCCCUAUCAGACAUAUAUAUAUAUAUGGAUAUAUAUUAGUAGUCUCAAAGGGCCAUUUAAAAGAACUACUCAAAACAGGCAAACAAGUAUAAAUAGGAUUGUGAACUGAACCCUGGUUUAUUCUGUGUUAGGAUCAUUUUAAUAGCUUGCUGUUUAGAUGUGUGAGUUACUUUCCUAGGAAUUGUUUAUUAAUUACUCCAACAAAAAGGCAAACUGGAAUCCAGAGUUAGAGCCAGAAUUUUGCAUACCACAGCAUAUUCUAAAGGGAUUUACUGGCAGAGACAGUACAGUAUAAACUUGUAUGAUACAAGAAAGUUGCAGAAAGUGAAUGAUGAUCCUGAUGUAUUUAAGGGUAAACAGGAUUUUGAAGGAAGGCAAAAGGGAAGGUUUGUUGUGUAAGAAGCUGUUCCAGAGGUUGUGGCCUUGGGUGGAUACCACAUUAGAGGGAAUAGAUGCAAGAACAAAGGAGUCCUGGCAGAGAGAUUAUUUAUUAGCUGAGAAACUAUUUAGUGGUGAUGUGCUGACCAGAUGUGUCAGGUGGCUUGGGUCCCACCAUGGAAAGCCCAUGAGCUGCAUGGCACAUGAAGCAGCCCUGGCUCAUGCCAGCAGCCAUCAGGGAAGCAGCUCUUGAGUCUUGUAUUCUGAGCAUGAGAUGUGACAGGAGGGUUUGCAGGAGAUGGCCUUGGUACUCAGUUAUCUGUCUGACAGCACACACCUUCUCAUGCUGACCAUGUCCCCCAUCAGGGAGGCAGCUGCAGAGUGGUGGGUGCUGCCUGCCCUGGACUGCUCAUGAUAAUGUUCCUGAGCUACUCCAAGAUCCCUGAAACCUGAUUAUAUCCUGAAACUUAACUUUAUGACAUUCAAAGAUUGGAUCCAACUUCUGUGGUAAAAGCCAUGUUUAGUAACAAGCAAUUUUAUACACACUCCUCAUCUCAUUACUGUUCUAAUCAUUACUGUUCUAAUUCAUUAGGCAGUAACUGAAAAUGUCCCAGGUGGUUUCUUAGUGUUUGAUGUGCAAACUUCCAACAACCUUAAUAAAACUAAGAGCAUGUUGUGGAGAUGUGGAUCUUGCCUCUCUACACAGAUUGGGAUAUACUUAGGUUUACUUUCCUUCUACUAGAGAUAACCAAAAGUAGAAACAAUCAAUUUGUUUAUAAAAUAAUAUACCACUGUAUAAUUAGGGUGACAGAAUCUAGUCCAUACCACUUUAGACAAUUUAGAGUCCUCAUAAUAGAUUCCCCUGCUGGUUUUAGUGGAAGAAGCAAGCCCAAAGAAUCAUCUGGACAUUUUCACUCCUGGUGGCCUUCUUAGAAAUGAGGAGUCUUAUUUACAGGGUCUGUUCUUUGAGCAUCAUCUUUCACAUAUAAAUGGCUCAAAGACAUCAAAUAAAAUAAUUAUGUUAAAAGAUAUGGACUUUCAGAUAAAGGACCUGUGGGCAUCUCUGUCUUAUAUGCCAGGAUUUUUGAAAUGCAAUUUCCCCCCAAAAGACAUUAUUACCACAUGAUUUGACUGCUGUCCCUUGGCUACACAUGAAGAUUUCUACAGGCACACUGAAACAACACACUUUCUGCUGGAAUGAUGUGCCAGCAGAUGGUGAGUUCUUAUGAUUCAUCUAAGUUCAGGUUUUAAACAGAAAGGAACUUUGUCAGGUUUCCACAAUUCCAACACAAUAUAUACAUAGAAUUUUCCUAUAUGUCUUCUUCCACUAUGUGAGAAAUGGAAUCAUUCAAAAGAAAGAGGAUAUUGUCUAAAGAACAGAGAGGAUUUACAGUUCAUGAGGCAAAUUAAUCUUCUCAAAGAUUCAGUACAGCUUUACCUUGCACUAUUCCUUCAUCUUCUCCCUUAUGAUUCCUUAAUGUAUUUCAUCAUUUCAGCAUCACUGUAGGACACUGACUGGAAGACACACAAUUUUACUGUGUGACUGAAAUGAUUUUGUACUGACAUAAAUAGGAAGCUAUAAUUAUUGUGUAAGCAAUAUAUGAGUACUCCAUUAAACAUGCAUUCUUUUUAGUUAAAUGACUGAGGUUUCAUAAAAACCAGGACACAGGUAUUUUUUAAUCUUCCUAGUAUGUUCAUAUACAUAUAAAAUUUAUCUGUGCAUGUCUCUGCAUGUGUAUUUUGUAAUGUCUUUAGCAUGUACUUAUGCAGUUCAGGCACAUUUUUUUUGAGAACUUUCAAUUUCUGUUUGUAAUUCUGAUACCCAAAUGUAAAAUAUUUUAAUGUUUGAACUGAAAUGUUUUACAUGCCUUAUGAAAAGAAUGAGCUAUAUAAUUUGUGCACAGAAAUUGUAUUUGAAUAAGCAGGCUUAGUUUUAUUUAAAAAUACAUCUAAAUUCAAACUAGACUAACGGGAACAUUUUUUUACUUUCUGCAAACUAAUGAAGAUUGACCUUAAAUUCAAAAAUGAAAAUAAAUAAAAUUUUUAAUGUGUCUGUUUA